AUGGAGCUAGGAGGAGUUUUCACUAUCUUUCUGGUGCUCUGCUUGUCUUGCCUGGUUAUCCUUAUUGCCUGGAAACGAACCAGCAAAGGAGGGAAGCUUCCCCCAGGUCCCACACCACUGCCUUUCCUGGGCAACCUGCUUCAGGUCCGUACUGAUGCUACCUUCCAGUCUUUCAUGAAGCUCAAGGAGAAAUAUGGAAAUGUGUUCACUGUAUACAUGGGACCCAGGCCAGUAGUUAUUUUAUGUGGACAUGAAGCAGUGAAAGAGGCUCUGAUAGACCAAGCAGAAGAUUUCAGUGGCCGUGGAGAAUUGGCAUCCAUAGAUCGAAACUUCCAAGGUUUUGGUGUAGCUCUGGCCAAUGGUGAACGAUGGAAGAUUCUUCGCCGUUUCUCCUUGACCAUCCUCCGGGACUUUGGAAUGGGAAAGCGAAGCAUUGAGGAGCGGAUCCAAGAGGAGGCUUCCUACCUGUUGGAGGCCUUACGGAAGACGAACGGGGUUCCCAUUGAUCUCACCUUUGUCCUCAGCCGUACUGUCUCCAAUGUCAUAAGUUCUGUUGUUUUUGGAAGCCGAUUCGAUUACGAGGAUGAGCAGUUCCUGAAGCUUCUGAGGCUGAUCAAUGAGAGUUUCAUAGAGAUGAGCACGUCCUGGGCACAGUUAUAUGACAUGUAUUCUGGAGUCAUGCAAUAUUUUCCAGGAAGACACAAUCGAAUCUACUAUCUGAUAGAGGAACUCAAGGACUUCAUUGCCUCUAGGGUCAAGAUUAAUGAAGCAUCUCUUGACCCUCAAAAUCCUCGGGACUUCAUUGACUGCUUCCUCAUCAAGAUGCACCAGGAUAAAAACAAACCUGACACUGAAUUCAACCUCAGGAAUCUGGUGCUCACCACUCUCAACCUCUUCUUUGCUGGCACGGAGACUGUGAGCUCCACCCUCCGCUACGGAAUCCUGUUGCUCAUGAAGUAUCCUGAGGUAGAAGCCAAGAUCCAUGAAGAGAUUAACCAUGUUAUUGGACCUCACCGGAUCCCAAGUGUGGAUGAUAGGGUCAAGAUGCCCUACACAGAUGCUGUGAUCCACGAGAUACAAAGACUUACAGACAUCGUGCCUAUGGGUGUUCCACACAAUGUAAUCCGGGACACUCAAUUCCGAGGCUUCCUUCUGCCCAAGGGCACCGAUGUGUUUCCCUUGCUUGGUUCAGUCCUCAGAGACCCUAAAUACUUCCGCUACCCAGAUGCCUUCUAUCCACAACAUUUCCUCGAUGAGCAGGGACGUUUCAAGAAGAAUGAAGCAUUUGUCGCCUUUUCCUCUGGAAAGCGCAUCUGUCUGGGUGAAGCCAUGGCCCGAAUGGAACUCUUUCUCUACUUCACCUCCAUCCUUCAAAAUUUUUCCCUGCGAUCACUAGUGCCACCAGCUGACAUCGACAUCAACCCAAAACUCUCUGGAUUUGGCAAUAUCCCCCCUACCUAUGAAGUUUGCCUCGUUGCACGUUGA